CAGGACCUCUGUGAGACAGCAGCGAAAAGACUAAUGUCUUUGCAGACCCAGCAUGAGGAUCCAGUCAUCCCACUAACAUGGACAAGUACGAAAAGGUGAAGAAAAUUGGGGAAGGUUCAUUUGGGAAAGCCAUCCUCGUCAAAUCCAAAGAGGAUGGACGCCAGUAUGUCAUCAAGGAGAUUGGCAUAUCUGCAAUGUCAAGUAAAGAGAGGCAGGAAUCUCGCAAGGAGGUUGCUGUUCUUGCCAACAUGAGUCAUCCCAACAUUGUACAGUAUAAGGAGUCUUUUGAAGAGGGGGGCUGCCUGUAUAUUGUGAUGGACUACUGUGAGGGUGGAGACCUCUUCAAGAAGAUCAACUCUCAGAAAGGAGUGCUGUUCUCAGAAGAGCAAAUCUUGGAUUGGUUUGUGCAGAUUUGCCUGGCACUGAAGCAUGUGCAUGAUCGAAAAAUUCUCCACAGGGACAUCAAAUCACAGAACAUCUUUUUGACUAAAGAUGGGACAGUACAGCUUGGAGACUUUGGCAUUGCAAGAGUGCUGAACAGCACUGUAGAACUGGCAAGAACAUGUAUCGGCACGCCAUAUUACCUAUCACCAGAGAUCUGCGAAAAUAAACCGUACAACAACAAAAGUGAUAUUUGGGCCCUAGGGUGUGUCCUUUAUGAAAUGUGCACUCUUAAGCAUGCAUUUGAAGCUGGCAACAUGAAAAACCUAGUUUUGAAGAUCAUCCGCGGCUCAUACCCUCCUGUGUCUGUUCACUACUCCCAAGAACUGCGCUCUCUCUUGGCACUGCUGUUCAAACGCAGCCCUCGAGAGAGGCCCUCAGUCAUCAGCGUACUGGACAAACCUUUCCUGGCCUGUAGGAUAGAGAGGUUCCUCACACCACAGAUCAUUGCUCAGGAAUUCCGCCAUACUUUUCUUCACAAGCAGCCUAAAGUGGGUAUGGUGCAGGGGCCACCAGCCAAGCGUCCUGCUCCUGGCUCCAUACCACUCACCCCAGCCCAGAAGAUUACCAAACCAGCCACCAAAUAUGGAGUGCCUUUAACUGUGAAGAAGGUGUCGGAUGCAGCCAAAAAGCCUGCAGAGAGGAAACCGGCUGUAAAGCAUAAACCGGCCCCUCUCCCAGCAGCCCCCCAGAGAAGAGUGAGUCAAGUGGAGGAAGAGAGGAAAAAACAUGAGGAUGGCAUCAGAAAGAAAAAGAUGGAGCUGAUUGACAAAGAAAGGAAACAGAGAGAGCAGGUGUUUCUGUUGAAAGCGGAGCAAAUGAAGAGAUAUGAAAAGGAAAAGAUCAAUCGUAUAAACCAAGCCAGAGAACAAGGCUGGAAGCACGUCCUGAGUUCGAGUGGAGGUAGCAGCCCAGAAAGGAAGUGUUUUGUAGGUGGUGGAAAGAGGACUGUCCCAAGCUCCACUCCAGCCUACGUCCCAAGUAAAACCCCAUAUGAACAAUACCACGCUGCUCUGGACCAAAUGGCUGAACCACAGCCUAAAGUCAUCAGCAGAGAGGGCUCCUCAGCAGGACCAGGCAGUCCCAUUCGCGUACCAGCUGCUGCUGGCCCCGUGCUGUCCAAUGGCCCCGCCCGGCUCCUAAACCCUGAUGCAAUCAAGAGAGAACUACAGAGGCUGCAGCAUGUCUCUAAACCAGUUCAUGUCAGCAGGCCGCGUGGUCAGGUGGCCUGUGGACGGGCUUAUCAGGUUGAGGAGUUUUUACAGAGGAAAAGAGAAGCCUUGCUCAACAAAGUCCGUGCUGAGGGACAGCUGGGCACUCGACAAAAUCUGGCGGCACUCUAUGGAAGCCGGACUGGUUCGUUUCGGUGCAGGAGACCCAAAGCCAACAAAGAGGAGGAGGAGUACUUGUCAAGACUGAGGCAGAUCCGCUUGCAGAACUUCAAUGAGCGUCAGCAGAUCAAAGCGCGACUCCGAGGAGAGAAGUACGACAGUGAUGGUUCUGACAGCCAAGAGUCCAGUGAGGAAGCCGAGCUCAGGAGAAAGAAGAUUGAAGCUUUAAAAGCCCAAGCGAACGCUCGUGCUGCUGUGCUGAAAGAGCAACUAGAGAAGAAGAGGAGAGAGGCAUAUGAAAGAGAAAAGAAAGCUUGGGAGGACCAUCUUGCAGCUCGGGGGGUGAAGGUUGGCUCCCUGGCAGCAGGAAACGUAGGGACGGCAGCAGAAGCAGUAGCAGCAUCAUCUACCUCUGACAGUCCUCUUCUACAGCCCAGUCCCUCUCAGCCAGAUCCAGCUGCCAAAGCUCCAGCCCUGCCUGCAUCCAAACCCUCCACCCCAGCUAUAUCCAUGACCGCUGCCCUGAAGAACGUUGGAGCAAUUACUCCACUAAAAGAAAAGAUACCAGAGCCAGAGACUGCUAUGGUCAUCCAAAGUGAGAAAAAGCAGAUAUUGCGCAGACUAAACCAGAACCUGAAAGCCCAGAGCCCGGUAGAGGAGAUGGAGGAGUCGCCUCCACCACCUGCAGAACCAAGUCCUGCCCCCCAACAGAACCAGCCUGACACAGAGAAACGUCCCUCUUCGAAUGGAGACCGGAAGAAGUGGGAUGCAGCAGAACUGCCUGUACUUCAUGUGGCUCAGCAAACCUUAGAGGAAACCUGUUCCACAGCAGCCACCAUCUCAGUUACUCCAGAAGACAGACCGUCCUCUGGUGGAGACAGGAAGAAGUGGGAGGCAGGAGCGCCACUUAUUCUCUCUGUAGCCCAACAAACUUUAGAGGAGACGUGCAUCAGGACCAUUGAGCAAACUGCGGGUGAAGUUAUACAGAUGGGCAGGCUGCAGGAAGAAGCGCCUAGAAAGGUGUGGAGAGCGAGUCCAGACUCUCAGGUGCUGAGAGUCCUUCAGGAGGCAGAGCUUCAGCCUCUCACCCAGCAGCUGGAGACUGUCACCAUCUGUGAGGACGAGUUUCCAAGCCCCGAAAAGACUAAGCAGACAGCAGCAGCUGAGAUUAUGAAGACACCUGAAGAAGUGUUACCCUCUAAGCCAACACCGCCUGCUGUGGUUCUGAGUCCAGAGGUCCAGAAAGAGACUGUAGACUCCACAGAGGCCUCACAUCAGGAAAUAUCUGUGGCUGCUGCAGUACAAAGAGUAACACUGCCACCCAACGUCACUGAGAUUCAGGAUCCAGCAGACAUGGAGUCAUUGGUUUUGGAAGAGACGCCUAAACAGGCCUCACAUCGCACAGCUGAUGUGCAGAAGGCGUGGGAGCAGGAAGCCCAACAGCCAAUGCCACCAGAGGGUAUUAUAAGACCAGCAGGCACUAAGGAGAGUGCAGAGAAACCAACUGAAUCAUCCGCUUUAGCGCAAAAUGAGGAGCCCCUAUUUAUGAAGUUGUGUUCCCCGGCUCACCGACGCACUGCUGCCCUUGCACUCCUCUCUGCCCAGUCCUCCAUGGAUGAAUCAUCCUCAUCUCUGGCCUCUCGCUCACGCUCCGUCUCACCUCUGCGCUCCAAACACCACGACGCCCUCCUCAUUGGUCUCUCAACUGGCAUGUUUGAUGCAAACAACCCCAAGAUGCUGCGAACGUGCUCGCUACCAGACCUCAGCCGUCUCUUCAGCUCUCAGCAGGACUCUGCAGUGACGAGUGAUGCCAACGUUGCCCCAGACAACAACCUGGAAAUCGAGGACCUGGAGGAGGCAGCGAAGGAUGACGACCAGUCAGAGGCUGAAGAUGCAUAUGAGGAUGAAGACCUGCGGGACAUCCGCGCCUCCAUGGAGAGACUGCUGCAAGAAGACGGAGACUUAAUGACGAGCCCUCCAGAGGUUGGUGCAGGAGAUUUUAACGGGAACCCUCCAGAGGGCGAAGAUGAACUUUUGAACAGGAUAGCAGCUGAGAUCGAACAGGACAACAUUCAGAUGGCUGUAGAUGAUGAUGAAGAUGAGGAUGAUGAAGAUGAGGAGGAAGAAGGCGAAGAGGAGGAGGAUGAGGAGGAUGAAGAUGAGGAAUGCUCCAAUGGGAGUCCUGGCGAUGAGGAAGCAGGGGAGCUGCUCUCUAAUGGUGUGGGAGAGGGGAACCACAGCGAUAACAGCCAGCUCAAUGAGGAGUGGCAUUCAGAUGGCAGCGGAGAGGACCAGGCCGCAGAGGAGGCUGCGCAUCAUGACAGCAUCUUCAGUCGUCUGGAGGAGCUCCGCUUCAAUCUGGAGCAGCAGAUGGGCUUCGAGAAGUUCAUUGAGGCCUACAACAAGAUUAAGGCUAUACACGAAGAUGAAGAUGAGAAUAUUGACCUGGGCUCCAGUUUCGUCUUGCGCAUAUUGGGAACUGAGCACCAGCAUCUUUAUCCCAACAUCCUUCAUCUAGUGAUGGCAGAUGGCGCUUACCAAGAAGAUAAUGAUGAAUAAUGUUUCGAGCAGUAGUGCUGCUGGCAGCUAUGACAAUCUGCUGGCUAUCUGAUGUCUUCCCAUGACGCACAUCAUUGGCAGAAGGAUCUAUGCAUGAAGUGUCGCAGCCACGCAUCUAACAGUGUUUCAGGCACACUUGCAUGAUGAGUAACUAGUACACUCCAGGCUGUAUUUCGUACUUUUGACUAUCAGCACCUGAAACUAUUUUCUAACAAGUGUUCAUUCAAAAAGUGCAUUAUAAAUACACGUUCUUAUUAACCAAAGUUAACUAAGGUUCUGUCAAAUGUUAAUGAAAGUCUGUGUCUGUACAUGAAUGAAGCGCGCAUAUUGUCACGUUGAUUGAUAACAUAAUACCUGUUGUGUUUCAGUUUGAAUGUUCAGCUUGAAUCCGCAGUGGCGUUUUAUUUUGGCGGGCAAAGAUGUGGUCCUCUCAGGUGCUCUCUUUCUAAUUUUCACAUCCUCGACUAUAGCUUCAAAACAUAAACCAGGUCACCUUCAAAGCAAAGUUUACCACGAUCUACUCAGAACCAGUAGAACCUCUUUUUUCUUACAACUCUUUUCACCAAACAAGUUAAAUAUUAUCUAAUACAUUUUCCACGUUUCUUACUGUUUCACUUGACCCAAAUUAAAUCAAAAGAUUUCUGUGAGACUGCUUUGUGUUGCCAAGGUACUGUAGCAAGACUGUGGCACUGGAGUGCUUGGUGUGACGUAGCGGGCCAGGUCGGACUGAUGUUCAGUGCAAACAUUUGCACUAAUGAUGUAAGCAAUGGU